AUGUCGUGCCCCCCGCUCGUAUCGUCAGAGCAAGAGCAGGGGCAGCCGCUCAUCGACGCGGCAAAGGCGCUGCCCAGAAAGCACCCCAUCGGAGACACGGACCCGAGUCCAGGUGAGCGAAUUCUGCUGUUUCAAAAACGUGAGAUCCUGCAGCAGGUUCUACGAAAGGAGAAAACGAUGGAGGUGCGGCAUCUAGCAUGCACACCGGGCGGUGCUUGGCUGGGUGUCGAUGGCUGGGUCCAUGCGUGGGGUCGCUUCGGACAAUCCUUCGUCGCAGGGAGCUUGGAGGAGUUCCGAGAUUACCAAGGUGAACACGGCGUUGCCGUGGAUGCGCUGCCGUACAGGCAAACGCAUCUCUGGCCACUCAUCGAACUGCGUCGUCUGCCAGAGCCGGUGCAGUUCAAGCGCAUCCCAGGUCCAACGACGUGGGUUGGUUUUUGUCCUCCCGACGACGCAGUGGAAUGCGGGGCUCAGCGUGGGGGACUGGUGAACGCAGGCAACAGCUGCUUCAUCAAUGCAGCCCUGCAGGCGCUCUACACCGUGACGCCUUGGCGACGCAUGCUCAGGCGCUUAGACGGUGAGGUUGCCGUGGAUCUCCUGGCUCUGUUGCAUCGGCUGCAGUGCUCCUCCAUAGUGAAUCCUGAGACAAUUUUACAGAAGUGGUAUCACGGAGAGCAGGAGGAUAGCCUCGAGUUUCUGCACGCCGUGAGCGAGCAGGCGGGGCUGACUGCGCAAACUGCAGGCGUGGAGCAAUUUCAGCUUCGCUGCCAAGACUGUGGAGGGACGUUUGCGCAAGGGUCAGCAACGGCUAUGUCAGAGAUGCAAAUGGAGCUGCCGGGCGGUGUCAGUGACAUGCAAGGGGUAGUCGACAACUACUUUCGGUCCACGCUUGCCCCAGAGGAUGUGAAGUACUGUGACCGAGCGUGGCAGUGUCCUUCUUGCGAAUCCUGUCGCCUGCCGUUGAGACAGCUGAAAAUUCGACAGCCUCCAACAGUCCUUGUUGCAGCCGUGAAGCGCUGGCGCACCGCGGUCAGUGACGGGCGCUUCAUCCAACACAAAGACAAAACCCAGGUCAACUUUGCCGAGAUCGUCCAGGUCCAGGGACACGUCUACCACGUAGUGGCCACGGUACAUCACAUAGGCGCAACGCCAAACGGGGGUCACUAUUAUGCUGUCGCUUACGACCCAGAAGGGCAUCGGCGGGUCUUCAACGACACGACUGUCGCGGAUGUUGUGGCUGACUCAGUGGCGGACUUGGCAGCGGGCGCCGCAAGCGGCGAGCUGUACUACAUGUUGCUCCAGAAGGUCACGACAGAUCUGCCAGAGCAGUCGGUGGCCACGCGUCUGGACGCCUCCACGGCAGCAGACACAUCGCCGGAACAUCUCGGAGGCACGAUAGACAAGGAGGCCGCCGCAACACCGACAUAUCUGUCAUGUGAGAAGGUGCAAUCGCAAAGUCCUUCGUCAACAGGGCAGGCGCAGGGUGUCGACGAGGCUGCCGGGCUGGGUCGCCCACGUGGAGCUGCAAGCGUGGAUGGCUUAGUGCCGCAGGCCGUCAGCCCUAUGGAGUGUCUAAGAAGCGUUCCAGAUGCAGGGUUCGAAGAUGCGGAACGAGCCUUCGAGCAGGAUGUAGUCGCCUUCAUGAACUCCGUGUGCGAGCAGUCGGUAGCUGAAGCUCUGCGCGACACCCCCGCCUGUAGCACUUAUGUGGCAAAGCUCACCUUUGAGCAGUGUCUCACGCGUCUGCAGGCCGGACUAAAGGCGGUUCGAGCAGAACACCUCACCGCCGCAGAAGAGGUCGAUGUUUUCACGCCGCUGUGGUGGCUUACGGACUACCGGCUUGCAGUGUACAUGGAAGCGUUCGCCCGCGUUGUGGCCCUGUCCUCGACAAUGCUCUUGGAAACCUUCAAAGCUUUUGCGUCAUCGCUGUUGCAUCGGCAGUUGUGCGUGGAGUGGUCCGACUACACCCUGGCACAUAGGUACUGGGCGCAGGUCGUGACGGACAUCGGAACCGGCAAGUCGCCUGUCAUGAAGACCGUGCGGGAGGCGUUCAAGCGAGCUGCAGAAGAGAAGACAAGUCAAUGGCUGGCGGGUCCUGUGGAGAUGGAGCAUCAUCUCAUUACUGAGUCCACACAUGCAGCCUUCAAUGCACGACUUCAACAAGGCGACGGGCACGCGUUACUUGUGGGUCCAGAAGGCUCGGCUUUCCUUUGUCCAGAGUAUGCGAAGUCUGGGAAAUUCACGAAGGAGACCCACAUUGUAUUAACGCGACUGCUGGAGGCUGCGCACGGGGGCCGGUACGACUGGGACACACAGGCAGACGUGUUGGCUAGGCCUGUCAAAGCACGCAAACUAGCGGGGCACGAGGAGAAGGUGGACUGCGGAGUGCACUUCGAGUCAACAAACAUUGGCAUGGUGCUACUGCAACAACCUUCUGUCUUGGUGGGCGCCGAGCGAAGCUGUGUGUUUUCUGCGGGUCGACGGGGCAGUCAGCUGACGUACCCUACGGGGCUACGGGACAAGUUCGUGGACUUCAUGGCGGGUCUGUUUCAGAACCUCAUCCAACACGUCGGCCACAAGGUGCCUCUACAUGGAAGGGAGCUUGUGUGGAGUCAGAGCACGGCUGGGAAAGCCGCGCUGAUGGAGGCCCGUGGGGCCAUGCAUGAGGCCUCGCAAAACGCCUACUAUGCGGACGGCGGCACACUCAACAGCAUGUUCGAGAAGCUUUCGUACUUCUGGACGCAUGAAGGUCUUUUGACAACUUUGUUCGAGGAAGCCAUUGGGGCCAUGGUGGAGCAGCGCCCCUUCGACAUUGCGCAGCGGCAAAUCUCGCCUCACGCCACCAAGCUAGCCUUGGAAUGGACAUACAGACGGCUUGCUCGCGGCUUUAAUAUGUUGGAUGUGGACAUCAGUCGCGGCAGCUGGAGAGUCAGAGAAGGGGCAGGCGUGCGAAAGUCUGUGGGGCCUUUCAAGGAGAGUGUUUCUUGGAUGCAGGAGGUGGCCGUGAAGCUUCUACGUGCGACGCCAGGCGCUGUGAUCUAUGCAGAUGUUGCCGGACGCACAGUUCCACUGUUUCGCCACGUGUAUUCCGAUGAUCCGCAGCAACGAGAAAGCUCGUACAACAAUUUGCUGACAGCUUUCCAGCAUCUGGAGCGUCACGGUCUUGGAGUUGUACGGCUGCGCCCCGGAGCGUGGCCCGCCUUUGUGAAGUACGGCUGGAGGACUUUGUCAAGUGGGGCGCAGGAUGCCGUCCGCAAAUGGGCCAUCCCGUUGCACUUCUUCGAGGGGUUUCUGGAGGAGACCGCGGCGGCAAUCUCUGUGCAGAAGCAGUCCCAAACAUUGGUGCAGCAGACAGCGCGCAGGAAGCUGCAGACGUCGCACAGCGUGGCGGAGCCAUUAUUCAGCUCGACGGCAGGCAGAGCGGAGCAAGGCGAGGCGACCCCACCAGCAGAGGGGGAGCCGAGCAGUCGCCAGGUCGACAAGGCGCCGUCGGACGCAGUGGAGAAGGAUACGUACAAGGAAGCUCGCGCGUGCCUUCUCGAGGAGAUCCCGCGGACGUUGAGUGACGCCACUGCCGUGGCAAGGAAGGAGUGCCUGAAGGCAAAGCCCCCUUGCAAUGUGGUUUUCAACACGAAGCGACUCGUCACUGGAAAAAACUGCGCGGAGUACAAGCUGUGGGGCUCAUGCUCCGAGUGCAAGCCGAAAUGCAGUUUGCGGGCGCGGGUGACCAUCUGCAUUGAAGGCCCCGCGGAGGGGAAAGCAGUGGUCCACUAUCGUGGCCAACAUGGGACAAAGGUCGUCGCGCAAGGUGGUCGGCUGCUACCGGCAGAUGUGCAGAAGGUCGUGAACGAGGUUCUGGAAUCCAAGGCCACCAUCACAAGCAGGGGUCUCCGGGCAGCGCUGGAGCUUUCCAAUCUAGAGUUCGCCUGUGAGCCUUUGCAGCUACACAACCUAGUUCGGCGUCUGCGGCAGAAGCAGGGGCAGACGUCAAGCGUUGCAGCAGUACCGAUCGAAUCAUUUCUUGAGGAGGUGAGGAAAUGGGAGGCGAACCUGCCCGACAAGAUCGGCAGUGCAGAAGAUCUGUCGCGUCUUUUGGUCCUGAAGUCGCCGAACGGUGUCGUGGUGGAGGCUGACAGGGUGUACGUGCCCAUCACCUGCUCAGGCAUGCUGCAACGCUUGUGUGAUGCUGCAAACCACCGUCUUCGUCUCAUAGUCGAUAUGAAGAUGGGGGCGAUUGCCAACAACUACGGCGUGAUCACCGCGUGCUUUGCCACUAGCAGUGCGCGCCUUACAAACACCAGUUCCGGCAUGUUGCGGGGGCGACGGCAGUCCUACGUGGCGCACACCUGCACAGCGCAGCCAGUCAUGCAAGCCUUGGUUCACAGUGAGAAGGAAAAGAAUGUGUGUGCCUGCUUCGAGGACUUGUGCUGGUUGUGUCAGGAAGUCGGCGGUUUCAACCUGAAGUCACAGCUGCUGCAUGUGCACGCAGAUUACGCGCCGGGAAUCGCCGCAGCACGGCGGGCCGUCUUUCCAGGCGCCCGUUUGGUGGGAGAUUACUUUCACUACAAGAAGUCGUUGCUGAAGACGCUUCCGGCCAAGUUGCCCAAACAGGAAGGCCCGAAGAAACGCGGCAGGCAGAAGCGCGAUGCAACCGUGACAGAGGUGUCAGAGGUGUCAGACUUGACCAGGUGCCUGCCAACGUUGCAGCUCGCGGAUGCGAUCUGGCAGGUGGUAUUCGAGAACAUGCCGGCAGAGGUAGCUUCGUACCUGCAGAGGGAGUUCUUCACGCAGUGCACGGUCGCCGACUUGCGCCAUAUCUACAAGACCGUGCAGGCGCGCCAUGGAUCAUGGGAAGCUGAGCUGAAGUGUCGCACCAAGGCUGCACCUGCACCCCCGGCAGCGCCAAGUGCUGGCCGCGGCAUUCCGGCCGUGAAAGUAGUGGCAUCGACCUUGCAGUCCUCCACGGCGGCGCCAGGCAAGCACAGCGAAGCUGAGACCCUUCGCCUUAGAGUGAAACUGGAAGAAACAAAGCUGGCGCGCGUCGAGGCGGAGAAGAGUCUGCAGGAACUCAAGAAAAGGAAGGCCGAGCAGGAACAGGCCGUGCUUGCGCCACAGCCUCCUCUUCGUGAGCAGGAGUCAGGCCGGCGGUCGUGGCAUCAAAAGAGCUCCUCGCAGCAGAACUGGUGGCGCAACUGGCACGGCCCGCGCCGCGGCACAGAGUACUGGCACUCGAUGAGAAAUGUGCGCUGGAGGGACGGGACAGGGGCACAGCUGAAGGGAGGCGACACAGGGACGACGCAGGGGAUGGACGGCGCAGGGGACGCAGGGGACGAUGUAGGGGACAACACAAGGGACAGCGCAGCGGACAACACAGGGGACAAGACAGGGGACAACACAGGGGACAACACAGGGGACAACACAGGGGACACAAGGGAGGACGCAGGGGACGACGUAUGGGACGAGACAGUGGACGACACAGGACACAACGCAGGACAAAACAACACGGGGACGACGCUGGGGACAACACAGGGGGACAAGACCGGGGAGGGGGACGACGCAGGCAACAAGACAGGGGACACCACAGGGGACAACGCAGGGGACAACACAGGGGACAACGCAGGGGACAACACAGGGGACACAAGGGAGGACGCAGAGGAGAACACGGGAAAGAACGCAGGGGACAACGACAGAACGGGGACAAGCGAAUCAGGGACGACGCAGGAGACGACGCUGGGGACAACGCAGGGGGACAACACUGAGUUCAACGCUGGGGAUGACGCAGGGGGCUACACAGGGGACAACGCGAGGGACAACACAGGGGACAACGCGGGGACAACACAGGGGACAACUCGGGGGACAACGCAGGAAGCAACGCAGGGGAGAACGCAGGGGGACAAGGGGACAACGCAGGGACAGCACCACGGGGACAACGCAGGGGACAACACAGGAAAGCGGAGAACGCAGGGGACACCGCGGGGACAACGCAGGGGACAAGACAGGGGACACAAAAGGGAGGAUGCAGAGGAGAACACGGGAAACAACGCAGGGGACAACGCACGGGGACAGCGCGAGGGACAACACAGGGGACAACGCGGGGACAACGCAGGGGACAACUCGGGGACAACGGACAACGCAGGAGACAACACAGCGCAGGCAACAGGACAGGGGACAAGACAGGGGACAACGCAGGGACAGCACCACGGGGACAACGCAGGGGACAACACAGGAAAGCGGAGAACGCAGGGGACACCGCGGGGACAACGCAGGGGACAAGACAGGGGACACAAAAGGGAGGAUGCAGAGGAGAACACGGGAAACAACGCAGGGGACAACGCACGGGGACAGCGCGAGGGACAACACAGGGGACAACGCGGGGACAACACAGGGGACAACUCGGGGACAACGCAGGGCACGACGCAGGGGACAGCGCAGGGGACGACCGACAUAGGGGACGACGCAGUGGCCGGGGACAACACUGAGUUCAACACUGGGGAUGACGCAGGGGACUACACAGGGGACGACUCAGGGGACGACGCAGGGGACGCAGAGGGAAAGACGCGGGACGACACAGGUGGUGACACAGGGGGCAAGGGACCCAUUGACCGGCCCCGCGCGCGGGCGGCCUUGGCCUUGGUUUUGGCCUUCCAGAUCGACCGGCCCUGCCCUGUAAUGCGUCAGUUCCAGGCCCAGGCUGGAGGACGAGUUUGUUCCACCUUUUUCAAGGAGUCCGCCGCCAACGUGAAGGGGUCCGGAGCACAGACCUGCCCAGGACAGUUUGUUCAGUUCAGACCUGCCACGAAGGAGUUGGAGUUUGUUCCAACCUUUCUGAAAGGGUCCAGAGCUGACCUGCCGAGGACGAGAUUGUUCACCUUCUGGAAGGGUCCGAAGGAGUUGGUGGAAACAGAUCCGUCCAGGAGGAUGUUCCACCUCACCUUUAUGAAGGGGAGGAUGUUCCACCUCACCUUUAUGAAGGGGAGGAUGUUCCACCUCACCUUUAUGAAGGGGUUCCAGAGCUCAGACCUGCCCAGAGGAGGAUGUUCCACCUAUAUGAAGGAGUCCGGAGCAGACUUGGCCAGGAGCGCUGAUGGCUGGAACGUGGUCAUGCCGACGGCCAGCUUCCGUGACAUGUCGUGCCCCCCGCUCGUAUCGUCAGAGCAAGAGCAGGGGCAGCCGCUCAUCGACGCGGCAAAGGCGCUGCCCAGAAAGCACCCCAUCGGAGACACGGACCCGAGUCCAGGUGAGCGAAUUCUGCUGUUUCAAAAACGUGAGAUCCUGCAGCAGGUUCUACGAAAGGAGAAAACGAUGGAGGUGCGGCAUCUAGCAUGCACACCGGGCGGUGCUUGGCUGGGUGUCGAUGGCUGGGUCCAUGCGUGGGGUCGCUUCGGACAAUCCUUCGUCGCAGGGAGCUUGGAGGAGUUCCGAGAUUACCAAGGUGAACACGGCGUUGCCGUGGAUGCGCUGCCGUACAGGCAAACGCAUCUCUGGCCACUCAUCGAACUGCGUCGUCUGCCAGAGCCGGUGCAGUUCAAGCGCAUCCCAGGUCCAACGACGUGGGUUGGUUUUUGUCCUCCCGACGACGCAGUGGAAUGCGGGGCUCAGCGUGGGGGACUGGUGAACGCAGGCAACAGCUGCUUCAUCAAUGCAGCCCUGCAGGCGCUCUACACCGUGACGCCUUGGCGACGCAUGCUCAGGCGCUUAGACGGUGAGGUUGCCGUGGAUCUCCUGGAGGAUAGCCUCGAGUUUCUGCACGCCGUGAGCGAGCAGGCGGGGCUGACUGCGCAAACUGCAGGCGUGGAGCAAUUUCAGCUUCGCUGCCAAGACUGUGGAGGGACGUUUGCGCAAGGGUCAGCAACGGCUAUGUCAGAGAUGCAAAUGGAGCUGCCGGGCGGUGUCAGUGACAUGCAAGGGGUAGUCGACAACUACUUUCGGUCCACGCUUGCCCCAGAGGAUGUGAAGUACUGUGACCGAGCGUGGCAGUGUCCUUCUUGCGAAUCCUGUCGCCUGCCGUUGAGACAGCUGAAAAUUCGACAGCCUCCAACAGUCCUUGUUGCAGCCGUGAAGCGCUGGCGCACCGCGGUCAGUGACGGGCGCUUCAUCCAACACAAAGACAAAACCCAGGUCAACUUUGCCGAGAUCGUCCAGGUCCAGGGACACGUCUACCACGUAGUGGCCACGGUACAUCACAUAGGCGCAACGCCAAACGGGGGUCACUAUUAUGCUGUCGCUUACGACCCAGAAGGGCAUCGGCGGGUCUUCAACGACACGACUGUCGCGGAUGUUGUGGCUGACUCAGUGGCGGACUUGGCAGCGGGCGCCGCAAGCGGCGAGCUGUACUACAUGUUGCUCCAGAAGGUCACGACAGAUCUGCCAGAGCAGUCGGUGGCCACGCGUCUGGACGCCUCCACGGCAGCAGACACAUCGCCGGAACAUCUCGGAGGCACGAUAGACAAGGAGGCCGCCGCAACACCGACAUAUCUGUCAUGUGAGAAGGUGCAAUCGCAAAGUCCUUCGUCAACAGGGCAGGCGCAGGGUGUCGACGAGGCUGCCGGGCUGGGUCGCCCACGUGGAGCUGCAAGCGUGGAUGGCUUAGUGCCGCAGGCCGUCAGCCCUAUGGAGUGUCUAAGAAGCGUUCCAGAUGCAGGGUUCGAAGAUGCGGAACGAGCCUUCGAGCAGGAUGUAGUCGCCUUCAUGAACUCCGUGUGCGAGCAGUCGGUAGCUGAAGCUCUGCGCGACACCCCCGCCUGUAGCACUUAUGUGGCAAAGCUCACCUUUGAGCAGUGUCUCACGCGUCUGCAGGCCGGACUAAAGGCGGUUCGAGCAGAACACCUCACCGCCGCAGAAGAGGUCGAUGUUUUCACGCCGCUGUGGUGGCUUACGGACUACCGGCUUGCAGUGUACAUGGAAGCGUUCGCCCGCGUUGUGGCCCUGUCCUCGACAAUGCUCUUGGAAACCUUCAAAGCUUUUGCGUCAUCGCUGUUGCAUCGGCAGUUGUGCGUGGAGUGGUCCGACUACACCCUGGCACAUAGGUACUGGGCGCAGGUCGUGACGGACAUCGGAACCGGCAAGUCGCCUGUCAUGAAGACCGUGCGGGAGGCAGAAGAGAAGACAAGUCAAUGGCUGGCGGGUCCUGUGGAGAUGGAGCAUCAUCUCAUUACUGAGUCCACACAUGCAGCCUUCAAUGCACGACUUCAACAAGGCGACGGGCACGCGUUACUUGUGGGUCCAGAAGGCUCGGCUUUCCUUUGUCCAGAGUAUGCGAAGUCUGGGAAAUUCACGAAGGAGACCCACAUUGUAUUAACGCGACUGCUGGAGGCUGCGCACGGGGGCCGGUACGACUGGGACACACAGGCAGACGUGUUGGCUAGGCCUGUCAAAGCACGCAAACUAGCGGGGCACGAGGAGAAGGUGGACUGCGGAGUGCACUUCGAGUCAACAAACAUUGGCAUGGUGCUACUGCAACAACCUUCUGUCCUGAGCACUUGGUGGGCGCCGAGCGAAGCUCGCCACAAAAUCGGGCUGGCUAACCGCUGUGUGUUUUCUGCGGGUCGACGGGGCAGUCAGCUGACGUACCCUACGGGGCUACGGGACAAGUUCGUGGACUUCAUGGCGGGUCUGUUUCAGAACCUCAUCCAACACGUCGGCCACAAGGUGCCUCUACAUGGAAGGGAGCUUGUGUGGAGUCAGAGCACGGCUGGGAAAGCCGCGCUGAUGGAGGCCCGUGGGGCCAUGCAUGAGGCCUCGCAAAACGCCUACUAUGCGGACGGCGGCACACUCAACAGCAUGUUCGAGAAGCUUUCGUACUUCUGGACGCAUGAAGGUCUUUUGACAACUUUGUUCGAGGAAGCCAUUGGGGCCAUGGUGGAGCAGCGCCCCUUCGACAUUGCGCAGCGGCAAAUCUCGCCUCACGCCACCAAGCUAGCCUUGGAAUGGACAUACAGACGGCUUGCUCGCGGCUUUAAUAUGUUGGAUGUGGACAUCAGUCGCGGCAGCUGGAGAGUCAGAGAAGGGGCAGGCGUGCGAAAGUCUGUGGGGCCUUUCAAGGAGAGUGUUUCUUGGAUGCAGGAGGUGGCCGUGAAGCUUCUACGUGCGACGCCAGGCGCUGUGAUCUAUGCAGAUGUUGCCGGACGCACAGUUCCACUGUUUCGCCACGUGUAUUCCGAUGAUCCGCAGCAACGAGAAAGCUCGUACAACAAUUUGCUGACAGCUUUCCAGCAUCUGGAGCGUCACGGUCUUGGAGUUGUACGGCUGCGCCCCGGAGCGUGGCCCGCCUUUGUGAAGUACGGCUGGAGGACUUUGUCAAGUGGGGCGCAGGAUGCCGUCCGCAAAUGGGCCAUCCCGUUGCACUUCUUCGAGGGGUUUCUGGAGGAGACCGCGGCGGCAAUCUCUGUGCAGAAGCAGUCCCAAACAUUGGUGCAGCAGACAGCGCGCAGGAAGCUGCAGACGUCGCACAGCGUGGCGGAGCCAUUAUUCAGCUCGACGGCAGGCAGAGCGGAGCAAGGCGAGGCGACCCCACCAGCAGAGGGGGAGCCGAGCAGUCGCCAGGUCGACAAGGCGCCGUCGGACGCAGUGGAGAAGGAUACGUACAAGGAAGCUCGCGCGUGCCUUCUCGAGGAGAUCCCGCGGACGUUGAGUGACGCCACUGCCGUGGCAAGGAAGGAGUGCCUGAAGGCAAAGCCCCCUUGCAAUGUGGUUUUCAACACGAAGCGACUCGUCACUGGAAAAAACUGCGCGGAGUACAAGCUGUGGGGCUCAUGCUCCGAGUGCAAGCCGAAAUGCAGUUUGCGGGCGCGGGUGACCAUCUGCAUUGAAGGCCCCGCGGAGGGGAAAGCAGUGGUCCACUAUCGUGGCCAACAUGGGACAAAGGUCGUCGCGCAAGGUGGUCGGCUGCUACCGGCAGAUGUGCAGAAGGUCGUGAACGAGGUUCUGGAAUCCAAGGCCACCAUCACAAGCAGGGGUCUCCGGGCAGCGCUGGAGCUUUCCAAUCUAGAGUUCGCCUGUGAGCCUUUGCAGCUACACAACCUAGUUCGGCGUCUGCGGCAGAAGCAGGGGCAGACGUCAAGCGUUGCAGCAGUACCGAUCGAAUCAUUUCUUGAGGAGGUGAGGAAAUGGGAGGCGAACCUGCCCGACAAGAUCGGCAGUGCAGAAGAUCUGUCGCGUCUUUUGGUCCUGAAGUCGCCGAACGGUGUCGUGGUGGAGGCUGACAGGGUGUACGUGCCCAUCACCUGCUCAGGCAUGCUGCAACGCUUGUGUGAUGCUGCAAACCACCGUCUUCGUCUCAUAGUCGAUAUGAAGAUGGGGGCGAUUGCCAACAACUACGGCGUGAUCACCGCGUGCUUUGCCACUAGCAGUGCGCGCCUUACAAACACCAGUUCCGGCAUGUUGCGGGGGCGACGGCAGUCCUACGUGGCGCACACCUGCACAGCGCAGCCAGUCAUGCAAGCCUUGGUUCACAGUGAGAAGGAAAAGAAUGUGUGUGCCUGCUUCGAGGACUUGUGCUGGUUGUGUCAGGAAGUCGGCGGUUUCAACCUGAAGUCACAGCUGCUGCAUGUGCACGCAGAUUACGCGCCGGGAAUCGCCGCAGCACGGCGGGCCGUCUUUCCAGGCGCCCGUUUGGCGGGAGAUUACUUUCACUACAAGAAGUCGUUGCUGAAGACGCUCCCGGCCAAGUUGCCCAAACAGGAAGGCCCGAAGAAACGCGGCAGGCAGAAGCGCGACGCAACCGUGACAGAGGUGUCAGAGGUGUCAGACUUGACCAGGUGCCUGCCAACGUUGCAGCUCGCGGAUGCGAUCUGGCAGGUGGUAUUCGAGAACAUGCCGGCAGAGGUAGCUUCGUACCUGCAGAGGGAGUUCUUCACGCAGUGCACGGUCGCCGACUUGCGCCAUAUCUACAAGACCGUGCAGGCCCCGGCGCGGGGAGCGCAGCGGCUCUGGCUGCCAAGCUUUUGGGUUGGAGUCUUCGGCACAUGUCCCGGUGCUGGCGGGGGGACCAACCCACUCGAGGCGCGCCAUGGAUCAUGGGAAGCUGAGCUGAAGUGUCGCACCAAGGAUGGCCUUCUCUCGGCCAUGCAAGGCAUGCAGCACCUCUACAAGAAGUGGCGCGGCAUCUUCGAUUGGGGUAAGCCGAUGAAGAUGACAAAUUUCCCGGUAGCAGAGAAUGACUACUUGCUCAACAGCGCAGCGCUUCGUUCGCAAGGUCGUUCCCCUGCAGUGGACUACUGGAGGCAACGCGACACUGGGAACUACGUGAAGUUCCACAUCUGCACCGGCACGCCGCGAGGUCCAAACACAGAGGAGUCGGAGUAUACCACCUUUUGGGUGAUGGCCUCGCCCACAGGGCCUGUUGACAAGGAGCUGGCAAGGUUGCUGUGCGCGAUGUUGUACAAGGAUGGGGAUGACCUCACCACACUGCUGGUCGAGGCAGGCAUCCUCAUCGCGAAGAGUGGCGGAGGGCAUCAGCUAAACCGCAUCGUCCUGAAGAAGUGCUUCGUCGGUCACGUGGUGGUCUCUGAGGGCCACUGGGUGACUGCCUAUUGGCCCCGCGGCCAAGCAGGCGACUGCCGGUACCGGGUCUGCACCUGCGUGCAUCAUGCCUUGCACGCAGAGUGCGAGCACGUGAAAUUCGUCGGAGGCCUGCGCGGCUCUCCCAAUUUGAAUAACGCGAGGUCUGCGGGGGGCGCUUGCGCCAAGACCGCGCAGACACCACUCCAAGCGCCCUAUAUGGGGAAGGGGCACGGCCCGUCCAAGCUGUCUGCGCGUAUUGGGCAGGGCUAUGGCCCAAAAACUGCCCUCUGCCUUGACCUGAUCAAAGCUGCUGCAAAAGAUUUGUGCCUGGUCCACGCAGCCGGCCCCUUUUCCGUGGCCCUGGCCUCUCUGCUCUGA